UCGUUGCGUUAUCACCACCGCGCCCGUCAGCAGUAGCUUCUCGCGUAGCUAUCGUAGUACCGCGAUGAUCGGCAAGUGCACCUUCACCCCCAGCGCCGCGAGGCGCUCGAACGCGCUUUUCAACCUGCUAGUUGCCCUGGCUUCUUUCGCCGGACUCGCGCUCACCGACACUAUUUUGCCCAAUUCCGAGGGUCCAGUCUUCACCGAGCCAAUACAAAACGUGACCGUACCAGUGGGCCGAGAGGCCAUAUUCUCCUGCGUCAUCAAUGACCUGUCCAACUACAAGGUGGCAUGGCUGCGCGUUAACACGCAAACGAUCCUGACGAUAGCCAAUCACGUGAUUACGAAGAACCACAGAAUCUCAGUGACGCACAGUGACCAUCGCUUCUGGUAUCUGCACAUAAAAGAGGUGCAGCAGGCAGAUGCUGGGGAUUACAUGUGCCAAAUCAAUACCGAUCCGAUGAUAAGUAGUAUUGGAUACUUGCAGGUUGUUGUGCCACCCGAUAUACUGGACAGUCCAACGAGCUCGGACUUGGCAGUACGUGAGGGUAGUAACGUUACGUUGAAAUGCGCGGCCCGAGGCGUACCCGAGCCCAACAUCACGUGGCGCCGCGAAGGCAGUGGACUGAUACCCUCCAGCGACGGCCGGGAAGUGACUAGCGUCGAGGGCUCGGUGUUGAGCAUAACAAGAGUAAGCCGGCUGCACAUGGGUCCGUACCUGUGCAUAGCAUCCAAUGGUGUGCCACCGACCCCGAGCAAAAGGAUUAUGCUAACCGUUCAUUUUCCACCCAUGAUAACGAUAUCAAAUCAACUGAUUGGAGCUCAAACGGGCCAGGAAAUCAUUUUGGAGUGCUCCACCGAGUCUUUUCCGAAUUCGAUAAAUUACUGGACCUUCAACAACUCGACCAUAGAAAGUGGUGAUAAAUAUAGAAUCACGCUGUCAUUGGAUAGUUCUUACAUAUACAAAGUAAACAUGAAGUUACUUAUAACUGAAGUUGGAGAAGAUGAUUAUGGGACUUAUAAGUGUAUUUCAAAAAACUCUCUCGGGAGCACUGAUGGAAUGAUCAAACUAUAUCAUAUUCCAACGCCGACGACUACGACGACAACGACGACAACGACGACGACGACGACACCGAAGCCGACAACGACGACAACGCUGAUUCCUACUGUCACCAGAGCUGAGAAGAAGCAAAGAUACCGACAAAAGGUUACCCCGAGCACGGAACCACGCGCAAACGAGAUCACGGAGGCUUCGGAACAAGGAACGAACAACAAAGAUUCACGGCAACGAGGCAAAGGCAAUGACGAUAACGGCAAGGCCGUGGCCAAUACCAGCCGCAAGGGUGUUAACAGUAAUAAUCUAGAGCAGCAGCUAGACAAAACAGCCCAAUCACGGUCGUCACCAUCGGCGUCGGCAGUUUCGUCCCUGUUACUGAGGCCGCAAAAAAACACGACGAUGCUCGCAAUGUACCUACUACUGGUGCUACUCGUCAGUUGUUUUGAGUUCACAUAGUCCGGCCGAGAUAUUUCGUUGGACGGCAUAAUCGUAUCUUCUUCAAAUGUUGUAUUUUAUUGUUUUUGUUUUCGCACCAUCACCCCCCUCUGAGAAAUAUGGUUAUUGUGACAACAGUGUUGAAAAGAUUCUUCGGCUUGAUGGACGUUAUUGAAGUUAUAAUGUUAAACGUAGGGUAUAGGGAGAACUUUUUUUAAAAAUGGUGCAACGAUGAUUUGUUUUUGUGGAAUCGUGCCCAAGUCACUGCGUAAGUGAAAAAUCCAUGACAAAUUUGCAAGAAAAACGAUGAUUUAUGUAAAUAAUAGUACGCGUAAACGAUUUCAAGGUGGAGAGUAUUGCUACAUGUUUAAGGACG